GAGAACUGGCAGAAUGGGACGACCAGAUAGCACACAAGCGCCAAUUCCGGUGUGGGGAGAAUACGAUGAUGGAAUGCAGUCAAGCGCGGCUCCACCACCAUACAGACUCGAGGCGCCAUCAACAUCAAGACCUACACCAAGCAGAUCAAAUUUGAACCAGAAGCGCACUUACGAGAUGCCGUCUCCGAUUCUCCCGUCAGAUCCAUAUGACAACGCUAGCGUUGCGAGUGCAUCAAGUUCACUUAAGCUGGAUGCUGGAGAAGGCUCAAUACCUCCACCGGGCGACACCGGCGUCACAAAUGACGGUCGUAUCAAUAUCGACCUCAAGUCCAGACUCACCAAGACUCUCGUCAAGCUUGUGCCCGAAAAGAACAAGGAGGCGUUCGAGCCCAGCCGUCGUUUCACUGUAUACCGAGGUUGGAGUAUACGCAUGAAUAUUGUUAUCCAGGUCGUCGGCAGCCGCGGUGAUGUCCAGCCCUUUAUUGCGCUAGGUCAAGAACUUCAGAAAUACGGUCACCGCGUACGACUCGCGACUCACAACACGUUUGAGGAAUUCGUCAAAAAGUCAAAUUUGGAGUUCUAUCCGAUUGGGGGCGAUCCAAAAGAGCUCAUGGCGUAUAUGGUCAAGAAUCCUGGACUGAUCCCAUCAAUGAAGAGUUUGCGAGAGGGCGACAUCAAGCGCAAACGUGUCAUGAUCACGGAAAUCCUCGACGGAUGCUGGAAGUCAUGCGUGGAAGCAGAUCUCGACUCACAGGAACCGUUCGUCGCGGAUGCGAUUAUCGCAAACCCACCCAGCUUCGCCCACAUCCACUGCGCACAAGCACUCGGUGUUCCGCUUCACAUGAUGUUUACCAUGCCGUGGAGUAGUACAAGGGCGUUCCCACAUCCUCUGGCCAACUUCAAAAUCGGCGAGAUCGAUCCCGCACUCAUCAACUACGCUUCGUAUGGGGUCGUGGAGUUUCUCACAUGGCAAGGCCUAGGUGAUGUCAUCAACAAGUUCAGAGCCACUUUGGACUUGGAACCUGUACCCACGACAGUUGGACCUGCACUUGCGGAGGCACUCGAAGUGCCUUUUACCUAUUGCUGGUCACCAGCCCUCGUCCCUAAGCCUGCGGAUUGGCCUCCACAUAUCGAUGUAUGCGGCUUCUUCUUCCGCGAUCCACCUCCGCGCGAGCCGCCAGCCGCAAUCGUAAGGUUUCUGGAAGCUGGUCCACCUCCUAUCUACAUUGGCUUCGGCAGUAUCGUCCUAGAGGACCCCGCCAAGAUGACCUCGCUCAUUUUGGAAGCUGUGCAUCUGUGUGGAGUUCGAGCAAUCAUAUCCAGAGGGUGGAUCAACCUAGGCGAAGGCCUCCCCGACGAAGCCGACAAUGUUUUGUUUAUUGGCGAUUGUGAUCACGAAUGGCUGUUUCAACACGUCACGGCUGUAGUUCAUCACGGCGGUGCAGGCACGGCCGCCUGUGGACUGAAGAACGCAUGUCCAACCCUUGUAGUGCCUUUCUUCGGUGAUCAGCCAUUCUGGGGAGACAUGAUUGCCGAAGCUGGUGCUGGACCGAGGCCAAUACCACAUAAAUCGCUGUCUAGUCAGAACUUAGUCGAUGCGAUUCAGUUUCUUCUUGCACCGGAGACCAAAUCAGCAGUACAGAACAUAUCUUCGCAAAUGGCCAACGAACAAGGUGUCAAAGCGGCAGUCCAGUCCUUCCACGCUAAUCUACCGUUCGAAGCGAUACCCUGCAACAUCAUGCAUGACUUGCCAGCCGCUUGGAUCUACAAAAAAGCCCCGAUCCGACUGUCUAAGCUCGCGGCGCAGAUUCUCAUCGACAAUGGAGUAAUAUCGCCGAACGAUCUGAGCAACUACGAAACCCAAACAAUACAAAUUACAAACAACCGUUGGGAUCCGGUCACGAGCAUAGGAGCUUGGCAAGUGUCCACUGUCACCAAGAUGGGCAGAGCUGCGACAGGCAUGGUGUACGAACCUUACAAAGAGUUGAAUCGGGCAAAGACCGAGGGCACAAGCGAUGCAGCACACAACACAGCGACCGCUGGCAGAAUGGCUGCUGCAGGAGCAAAAGGCUUUGGCAAGUUCAACAUGGCUUUCUUCAAGGGUGCCGUUGUCGAUCUGCCACUAGCAGCAGCUGAAGGAUUCCGAGCGGUCCCGAAACUGUACGGAGAGGAAGUCAAAGACCAUGGUGAAGUGACGAACAUCCAGAGUGGAUUUAGCAAAGCCGGGAAGAACUUCGCAUUUGGCAUGGCCGACGGUUUCUCUGACCUCUUCGUACGGCCGAUUGAGGAUGCGAAAAAGGAUGGUGCUCUUGGAUUCGCGAAAGGCCUUGGUAAAGGCGUACUAGGGUUCACUUCAAAGACAGCUUCCGCUGCAGUUGGCAUUGUGGCUUACCCUGGUGAAGGCAUCUGCAAGAGCAUACGGCAUGCAGUUCACUCGGGCAACAGGAGAGACAUCAAGGCACGGAAGAUGUACGAAGGCGCGUAUCUGGCUCAACGAUCAGGGCUGAACGAGGAAGUCCAAAGACUACUUGAGCGCUCCUUCUUAAUCCGCAGCAUUGAAUCAUGA